AAUAGAUUUCAUCAUUGCCUGAGAGUUACAGUAACACUACAGAUGCCUUCCAACUUGCCCAAUUGCCGAAUUGAGCCUCACUUUUUGAAGGAUUCCCAGUGCUGACACAUUUCUUACUUAUUUUCUAAUUAAUUUGUCCACGCGCAUGUCCUAUUGGUCACAGCAGUUUCGUCUCAACUCUGGCUUCACACCAUGGCAUCCGGCGCCGCGUUGAUAAGCAUCUCUCGACAUGGAUGACAGGAGUUGAUCUUCCAGGUGAUGCACAACUCGAACUCUACAGUGUUUUGUCGUCAGGAAUAGAAACAAUACCACGGUUCGUGCUAUGAGUUUGGCCCCUUUGAUUAACCCCGCUUCGUGAAGUUCAUGCCAAACAUCGCAUCACUACGAUCUAGCCUCAUAAACGGCCUAUUAAACGUCGUAGUGGGAGCCUCGAUUGAAACUUUAGAGUGGCAAUCUGCUCUGACCCCAUAACGCAGAGUCGCAGUCGUAACAUAAUCACAGCAUGGUCACUCACUACCUUAGAAUGUAGCUUGUUGAGCCUCGUUCACUGGUAAUUCGUAAUCAAGUUCUGUUUGAUAUCUAGGAAGCUGGGGCUAUUUAUAUCAUGGACGUUUCUCUUGGAGCUUUUCACUUGCCAAACUUAACCAUCCUACCGUAGCCCGCGCCUGUGCAAGUCCACCGGCAUUUGAGGAGCUAGCCCUGCACAUUAAAUUGGUAGAAUUCGACAUAUCCAUCGCAGAUGCAUACUCAUACACCUCCGCCAAAGCGGUUCACCCGAACAAAAACAGGUUGUUGGACAUGUAGGGACGACGGGCAUAAGUGUGAAGAGCAGAAACCUUUCUGCGGCCGAUGCGUACGGUUAGGCAAACAUUGUGAAUACGGCGUCAGACCUAUAUGGAAAGCCCCGAUGACUCCAGAACAGAUUGCCCAGGAUUCGAAAGAACUAUCCCAAACACGUCGACAAAAAUAUGCAUCAAAGGCUCUGGCGAGACGACAGUCGCAGCGGCACCCAGCUUCCUCAGUCUCGCCGCGGGCCAUGAGCAGCGGCAUCCCACUUCAAGAGGCAUAUCUGCUACACCACUGGAAAACCAACUUGGCCUCACUCAUUACCCUUGCCCCGAGCGCGCAGAAUCCGUUCAAUGCUUACAUUACUCCCAUGAUCCCCGACUCAUUGUCGCUCCGCUCAUCAAUAUGCAGCAUGGCUGCAUUCCACCUUAGCGUCUUGAAGGAUGACCCUUCUCUGCUGACUAUAGCCACCCAGCAUCAGAUCAAAGCUAUCUCCUUAUUCCGUCAAAUCGUUGACACGGGGGACGUAGCGAGGCCCUCUGUUUCUCUUGCCAUCAACAUGAUAUUGCAUAUCACAGACCGGCUCUUCUCGCCCAGCCCCGGAGCUAUCCACCUUGGAGGUGCCAAAGGCAUCGUGGAGCGAGCCGGGCCGAACUUCUGGGACAGUGACGCCAGCAGAUUUCUUCUGGGCUGUUGCAGUUACCACGACUCCAUGGUAUCUGCUUUCGAUAGGACUCCUCCAGUCAUGAGUCUAGGUCCUGAUGCCCCUUACCGGGAGCAGAUGAAACCCAUACGGGCACUUAGAGUUCUGUGGGAGACUGUCGGCCGGAUCAGCAGUAUGUCCCGUCUAGGCGGGUAUCUCCUAUACGGCAAGGGAGAAGACAUAGAGUGUACCCUUUGGGCUAUCGAUAGACUUACCAUCUGUGAAGAAGAUGAGGGCCAUACCAUACACGCCUACACAGAAGCCGCCUUUAUCUACUUGUAUCAAGUAUGGCAUGAACUGCCCUCUCCACACCCGACAAAUACUAUCCGCGCGAAAACAUGCCUCCGCCAUCUCUGCCAGGUCGACGUUUCUUCCCCGCUCGUCGCGGCUCAGCCGUGGCCGUUGUGGAUAGCAGCUUGCGAGACGACAGAUAGUGAACUACGCGACCUUGUGCGGAAGAGAGUCAAAGCAAUGUACGAAUACCGACAUCUACCAUCGCUACGAAGGCUCGAGCAGGAUAUCGAGACUGCGUGGAAGAUCACAGACAAGGACAAGCUAUUACUUAACCAGGUCGACUGCUUCCAGACUACUACUCCCCGACAUAUCGCGAAGCUGUGAAACCUUCGCAAAUGCAAGUUAAGAACACUAGGUGAAAUGAAUGGGUUGAGUGGAAGAGAGUAAGAUGUGAUGUAGCCCUUAUCUUUCAUAUUUAUCUUUCCGCGCGUAGUCGCUUGGAUACGAUUAGUGUUUAGACUGCUUCAAUUGGUAAGCAUCUAAGUUAGAUUACAGCCUGCGACGUCAAGCUGAGUGUCUGUACAGGUGCGUCGUUUGGGGGCGGAGGGCGAAGCUAAAUCCUAAGGAAUUCACCCAAGACAGGAUGUACAAGGUCAGAUUUAUCGGUGUCAAAAUCAUAAUUGAAUUUGAUCGAAACUGUCUUCAAAUCGAUUGUAAGCUGGAGGAGAAAGACUCUUCCUAGCCGCCAACAUACCUGCUACUUGACAUUAAGCCCGUUCAAGCUGACGCGAAGCUACCUAUUCAUCACGUUUAAGCUCUUGAAGAUCCCUAUUGUUCUUUUGAACUUUUACGAUUACCAAAUUACGUUAAUCUGAACAUGGUUUUUAGAAAUGUCCCCGAUUCGCAGUUAUACCCUUGUCCCUGUCUCAGAGCUCAAGUCCGCCUCAUAUGCCGAAGUCGACAACACAAGUUCGCAGGCUAUCCACCGAACGUUCUUCAUCAGGAACAUCUCAAGACCUACUUCGCUGUCUCCCCCCAAAG